AUGACUCAAGUAAAAAAGCUGCAAAACAAGCGUACAGAAACCCAGAAAAAAAUAAAAUUAUUUCAACGUGGGGAACAAAAGAUCAAACUCGAUAUUCACAGGGAGCGACCAAUUUUACCCCCCCUGCCUUUACCUUAUCCUCCAGCUACUCGUGUAGAAAAAAUUGUUGAAAAACUUGUAUCAAAACCUAAGCUGGCAAGGUUUCCAAAUGCUUUUAUUAUGUAUAGAAAUGAAUACGUUCAGUUUUUAAAAGCUAGUGGCCUUAAUUUUCCUAUGACCGAGUUAUCCCCAAUGAUUUCUUAUUCUUGGAAACAAGAACCUCCUUGUGUAAAAGAUGCUUAUACUCAAAUCUCAAGUGAAGCUGAAAGGUUGUAUGUACAAACAAUCGCAAUGCCAAAAGAUUCCAGCAACCAAGGUCAAGGUUGUGAUUUACUAUCUUUACCUGAAAAUGAUCGAGAUGCCGAUAAUCCUCGUUCUGAUAUUGAUCCUAAUCUUCAAAUUGAAAAUCAAUAUAAUGAUGGUUAUUUCACUGAUUAUAAUCCUACUUUUCUCGGUACUCCUUCUCAAUCAUAUUUUUUUGAACAAUGUGAACAUAAUUCAAAUGUACAAACAAAUUCAUCUUCCCCUGAACUUGAACCUUCAUGGCUUCCUGAAAGUUAUGAUAUCUCUACCAACAAUACAAAUAAAUCUGUAGGACAAGAUGAUAAUGAUAAUACAUUAACGAAUACAUUAGCAAAAACUUUAGCAAAACAAGGUCAACAAGUACUUUUUGAUGGACAAUUUGUUGAUUGGACAAUCAUAAAUGAAUCUUUCAUAAAUGAAACUUGUUUGCCACCCAUCUCUCCUUCACGCCGUAGUUCUGAAUCAUCUGAUUUAUCAUCUUGUGAUAUGAUUCAUUUAAUUAAUGUAACAAAUUCUUCGCAACCCAUUCAAGAAACUUCACCUACCAUGCAAUACGUUAAUCAAAUAUUUCCUGAAAAUAUAUCUUUACCAUUAUUUGAAAAUAUGCACGGGCAAUUUGAUGAUCAGUCUUUCUUUACACCUUCUUUUGAUACAGACUCUCUUUCUAGUCAAUAUGAUUCUAACCCACAAACGCCCGGUUCACCUUUUUCCUCUUCGUCGAUUAACGAUAAUCAACAUGAACUUUCGGAAAUUACAAUUGACAUAUUUUCUGCGAUUGAUUGCGCUCUAUCGUUCAAACAUCAUGCGAACAAUGAUUUUUAA